GAUGGGCGAUGACAAGAAUGACCGACGCCGGCGGAGUACUCUAAGAGUAGAAGCGACUGGAACCUACUACAGUCCAGUCAUUCCAGCUGGAAGCCAACGUAUAAGCAAUGGGGGAGCAAUGAGGGAGAGUCGCAUUCAAGGCAGCAUUCGACCUCGGGGUCGAUCUCGGGGCGACACUCUCAUUCCAAUACACCCACUCUUCAACAAGGGGAAAAUACGACAGUUUCUAUAUGACGUUGUGGAGGAUAAGCGGUUCCAUUCCUCCAUGUUGUUUAUUAUCCUGACUAACACCGCCUUGAUUGGUCUUCAGACCGUCCCUUCAGUUCAUAACAAGAUUGGGUGGUAUCUCAAUCAACUGGAUGUGUUUUACCUUGCAGUGUAUUUUGUCGAGUGUAUCCUCAAGCUUGGUGCUAUCCAUUUCAGUUAUUUUAAAGACAGAUGGAACGUGUUUGAUUUCUUCAUCGUUAUAACCUCGCUAAUUGAUUUCGUAUGGCCCAUGAUCAUGGAGGACCAAAACUUAUCUCUCGACACCGACCUUUUCAAGAUUUUCAGACUCCUGAAAAGUUUCAGGGCACUGCGAGCAUUGCGGGUAAUCCGCACAAUUCAGUUCCUGAAAAAUCUUCAGAUCACGGUGAACGCGAUAAUCCAAUCCAUUCCUGCUCUGGGAAGCAUCAUUAUGCUUAUUGGACUGGUUCUGUACAUAUUCGCUAUUAUCGGGAAAGGACUGUAUAAAGACGUCGAUCCCAUACGUUUUGGAAAUAUAGGGUUUGCUGCGUUUAGUCUGUUCCAACUGAUUACACUAGACGACUGGUUCCUGAUGUACUCGGAAGUUCAACAGAAGCACCCUGACUACUGGCACAUCCUCAUCUAUCUUGUUACUUUCAUUGUCUUGGAGAACUUUAUCUUCAUCAACCUCUUCAUCGCCGUUAUCGUUGAUAACCUGGAAAGAGCUCACGCUGCUGCCAGAGAAGAAUCGUUGCAGGUGUCGGCUAGUGUAGAGUCGAUGGACUCGAACGAGGUGGUCACAGCCAUGGCUCUCGAUGAAGAUAAGAUAUUCGACGAAGUGCCCCCCUCGGGUACAGUGGAAUUCUACUACGAGGGCCGGAGAGACAACGUUACCAAACAUAUCGCCCGUUACACUGAACUCAUGGCAACCCUCGAAUUCUACAUAGAGCGCAGUCAGAGUCACACCAGAAACCUUAACAAACUCCUCGAACUAGCUAAACGGUCAAGUCAUUGACACUCUAUAAUAUAAAGAUCUGUGCGACACAAUGCGACACAGUGCGACACAGUGCGACAAAGUGCGACACAGUGUGACACAGUGCGGUCAUUGUGUAA